UGGUGCCAGAUUUAAGUCUCUCUUCUCACGUAGCUAACAGGAAGUCUGGCUAGAAUUUUCCAGAAAAAAAAGGUCUAUAUUCUUUGCCAGCGGCUGGUCUCUGAAAACGAAAAUGGUGAAGAUAUUCGUGGGGAACCUGCCGCGAGAGGCUACCGAGGAUGAGAUCAAAGAGCUCUUCGCCGAAUAUGGCAAGGUCACCGAGUGCGCCAUCAUUAAAAACUUCGCCUUUGUUCACAUGGAGGACCGUAAGGCCGCCACUAAAGCCAUCAGGAGCCUCCAUCUGCAUAAGCUCCACGGCACGCCGAUCAACGUGGAGGCGAGUCACGGGAAGAACCAGGGCCCAGUCAAACUGCAUGUAGCCAACGUAGAAAAGGGCUCUGAUGACGAGCUCCGUGCUCUGUUCGAAGAGUAUGGGACGGUCACAGAGUGCGCUAUUGUGAAGAAUUUUGCUUUUGUGCACAUGCCCAAUCAUGAUGAGGCCAUGGAUGCCAUCAAAGGACUGGAUAACUCUGAGUUUCAAGACAAACGCAUCCAUGUCCAGGUAUCUAAGAGCCGACCCAGAAACGAUGAAUAUGAAGAAUACCCACCCCCACCCCCAGAGAGGGGAGGCUAUUGGCCCCCACACUACCCAGGAGAGAGGCCUGAGCCUCCCCCACCCAGCUACAUGAGGGCCCGCCCUAUGCCCCCCGGUUACCCAGCUCCUCCUCUGCCGCCCCCUCCCCCCAGACGAGCUGUUUAUCCAGAGCGUCCCUAUGAGAGUGAAAGGGAGCGAUACAGCAUGGUAGAUUACUAUGAGAAAUACAGAGCCCGACCGUACGCCAUCUCACCCUAUGAAGAGCAUCGUGCUGUUGCCCCACCCCCUCCGCCCCCGCCUUCCUCUGUCAUUCGAGACCGCCUUCUAAGCUCAUCGCUUGAUCCGUAUGAGCGUCGGCCCCUCCCCCCUCCUCCUCCGCCUCCCCCCUCAUCGUACUACGCCCGAGAUCGCAGCCCUAUAAGGAGGGCACCUGCUGCACCGUUGCCCCCUCCGCCCAGUAACGGCUAUGCCUAUGAGCGCUCUCCAUAUUCAGUUCCACGUGCAAGGGAUCCUUAUGCAGACAGGCUGCCUCCGCCACCGCCUCCACGCUACGCUUACUAAGCAAUCCGUCAAUGAUUUGAAGGAUUCUUGUCCGAGUGCGUCGCUGCUUCCUGAUUCACGUGACUUUAUCCUCUCCCUGUCUGCGGCUGAGCGCGUUGCGUUCCUCUGCGACGCUCAAAAGGAACUGAAUGCUUUACGUCAAUGGCUGUUUUUUUUUUUGUUUUAAGUGUCUAGAAAUUUUUUUUUUCCAUCUAGCUGUUUUAGUAUUGAAUUGUAUUGUAGAAUUUUUAUUGGCAAACAUCAGAAUGGGGCGUCUUUUUUCUUUAUAUAAACCAUUUCGUUUUAUGAAGCGUAAUAUUGUGUAUGACCUUAGAAAGCUAAAUAACCUCAGCAUUCCUUAAAAGGCGAUUUAGUUUACAUUGCAGUCUGCACGUUGGAUUAAUCAUGUGAAUGUUUCCCAUCAAAAUCUAAACCUCUGUUGCGUUGCUGUGAAACGUAAAUCAAUAAACUGUCAGUUUGUUGCACUGGUCAUUUACGCAAUGAA